GUCACAGUGAACAAUGUUGGACAUUAAGACGUCGGCUGACUACCUCAGCAGAACAGGAACCUUCACCAAUUUCUCCAUGCUGUUUGCCGACACAUCCUACAAGGGGUCAUGGAGCUCCCACGCCGCAUCCCAGACACAAGGUUAUGCAACCAACACUCUCAGCGGAAUGUCGAAGACUUCGCUAGAUCCACACACCCACCUGAGACAGCCAGAUCCCUACCAAAUGUUCGGUCCCACCAGCAGUCGAUUGGCAAGCUCAGGCUCAGGACAGAUCCAGCUGUGGCAGUUCUUGCUGGAGCUACUGUCCGACUCGUCCAACGCAAACUGCAUUACGUGGGAAGGAACGAACGGGGAGUUCAAGCUCACAGACCCCGACGAAGUAGCUCGGCGCUGGGGUGAGCGCAAGUCCAAACCCAAUAUGAACUAUGACAAGCUGAGUAGGGCGCUCAGGUAUUACUAUGACAAGAACAUCAUGACCAAGGUACACGGGAAGCGAUAUGCCUACAAGUUCGACUUCCAGGGACUGGCGGCGGCGACGCAGCCCGCCACAGCGGACCCAGCUGCCUACAAGUACCAGUCCGACCUGUUCAUGUCCAGCUAUCAUCAUUCCACAAAGCUGAACUUCAUGAGUCCACAUGCAGGCAUCCCCUCGUCGUCAGCCAGCAUCUUCCCUUCGCCGACGUCCUACUGGACCAACCCAAGCGCCAACCUCUACUCCAACAUCGCGGCGGCGUCCAGCCACUCGAUGACGCACCACCCGAGUCAUGUGACGUCACACCUCGGCUCAUACCCGCACUAUGCAUGACCAGACCCCGGCUGGACCAGAGAGUACAGGCGGCUGGCUAUGUAAACACGUGUACAGAGUAUAGGAGAAAGAAAAUAGCUCUUUCUUGCCAGAUCAUGAGAGUCUGCUCUAAGGAGUACUUUGAAAUCGGCCAUGACUUGUCUCUCUUCCGUCUAUCAGAAUCAUCCUUCAUUUCAUGCUACACGAUUUCCGAAGUUGAUUCAGCGUCGUUAACUUAUGAAUCAAUAAAUUGCACAAACAUGCACAAAUGUCGGGACUUAACAGUGAGACUGCCGAGCUUUGUAGUUAUGGCAAGAACUGCCUGUUUUCCUUCUCACCCACUCACUCAGUAUAUGUUGUGUAUUCAGCACACCGACAUUUCGUUAGGUACUUGUGACACAGUCUGCAAUACACAUACUAAGAUAUGAGCGUUCCCUUUAAUAAAAACAGAAUGAAGGAAAUAAGUAAAUCUCGGACGUAAUUUAAAUAAUAUAAAUCACUAUAUAAUUCUUGUGGCCCAGCCUGUAGUGACAGGAGCUGAACAUUAAUCAAUAAAUUAUUCUUGGUGGGAAUUUCUAGGAAGUGAAGCUGAGUACAGGCCUCUGGAUCGAGCUUGUGUCCAGCCUGUAGAAAAAGAGGCUGAUAUUCUUUCAUAAUAUUCCUUUAUCCGUUGUAGGAAUCAGUACAUUGUAUCUGGAUACCGUACUGCUCUAAUUAUAAGAAGCAGUUGUAAUAUGAAAUGACAUUUAGAACGUCAUGAAAAAUAGGGACAAACAUGUCAUACGUGUUUAACAAAUGAACAAGGCAGUGAAAAUAAUUAGUUUUAAUUUACUGCAACACACUGAGACUGCGCCUACUUACUUUGCCUAUGCACUUCCUGAGUUGCAAUUUUAUUUGUGAUUGAAGUAUUUGUUCCAGACUUGAUUUUAUUUAUAGAGACAAAUAUGCUUCUCCUAACAUGAAGGAAAUCUAGUUUCAGUUUAGUCAAUUAUGCUGGAUUAGAUAUAUUUUCCUUAUAUUUUCUAGUUUACUUUAAAUUAUAAGUGUUUUAUAGGCCUGGAGAAUCGAUAUGGUUGUGUUGUUGAAAGGAAGAUUAAUUUUAUCUGAAUCUAAUAUGAGAUUUUAUUUAAUUUAGGUCCUGUGUUGGCAGUUUUGGUUCGUGUAACACUUUCACCACAGAUUAUUCUUAUUGAUUGUUCUUACAUUGUGUUCUGCCACUGGUCAUGUUCUUCUAAUUGUACAUAUAUCUAGCCGGUAUUAGGCCAGCUGUUGUGCUGGGCGUCUGCAAGGGAGGGGUUGAGAGCUGAAUCCUUGUUAUUAAGUUGCAGCUCCAGGUUUUCAGUCCUGAAACACUGCAUGUAGCAUUGCCUGCUCUUUCAAAUCCACUGGUACAGUGGACUCACCGGCUCGUUCAGCUGCAGAACAUAUGCUUCCAGGCUAGUUGUUUGGCCCAGCCAUAUAAUUCGAAGGAGCACAGAAAAAUUCCGUGCAAUAUGAUACUAAAAACUUAACUGCGUGUUAAUAUAUAACAUAUUGUAUAGCAAGUGUCACGUAACUUCGAACAAGACCA